AAAGCGAAGCGCAGGCGGUUCGGCGUUCCGUCCAACAUGGCGGCGCACCUGAAGAAGCGCGUCUAUGAGGAGUUCAGCAAAGUCGUGGUCCAGCAACAGCAGCACGAAGACAUUUCCGCGAAGAAACUCCGGCUGACCAAGCCAAGCAAGUCAGCAGCGCUUCAUGUGGAUCUGUGUAAGGCUACCUCCCCAGCAGAUGCUUUGCAGUACCUGCUCCAGUUUGCCAGGAAGCCGGUGGAAGCAGAGAGUGUGGAAGGAGUGGUCCGAAUCCUGCUGGAGCAUUAUUACAAGGAGAACGAUCCUUCCGUCAGACUGAAGGUCGCUUCCCUGUUGGGUCUGCUGUCAAAGACUCCAGGAUUUUCUCCUGACUGCAUUCUGGAUGAUGUCAUUAACACCCUCCAAAAUGAAAAGUCGCACCAAGUGCUCGCUCAGCUGCUGGAUACGUUGCUGGCGAUUGGGAAGAAGCUCCAGGAGAUCACCCCAGUGAGACUGCGCCUGGUCGACGUAGCCUGCAAGCACCUGACGGAUUCCUCCCAUGGGGUGAGAAACAAGUGCCUCCUGCUGCUCGGCUGCCUUGGCACUGUGGAAAAAAGUGUCCUGAAAGAAGCCGAAAGCCAGCCUCCCAAAGACGUCCAGAAGAUAAUCGGGGAUCACUUCCGUGACCAGGAUCCCCGGGUGAGGACUGCAGCGAUCAAAGCGAUGCUCCAGCUCCAUGAAAGGGGAUUAAAGUUGCAGCAAACCAUUUAUAGCCAGGCUUGUAAGCUCUUAACUGAUGACUACGAACAGGUUCGCAGCGCUGCAGUUCAGCUCACGUGGGUCCUUAGUCAGCUUUAUCCGGAAAGCAUUGUCCCAAUCCCUUCUUCCAAUGAAGAAAUCCGCCUUGUAGAUGAUGCAUUUGGAAAGAUUUGUCACAUGGUCAGUGAUGGUUCAUGGGUGGUGAGAGUCCAGGCUGCUAAACUAUUGGGAUCUAUGCAGCAAGUCAGUUCUCAUUUCUUAGAGCAGACGCUGGACAAGAAGCUGAUGUCAGACCUGAGGCGCAAACGCACAGCCCACGAGCGAGCCAAAGAACUGUACAGCUCAGGGGAGUUCUCGAGUGGCCGGAAAUGGGGAGAUGAUGCUCCCAAAGAAGAAGUCGACACCGGAGCAGUGAACUUGAUCGAAUCGGGGGCCUGCGGCGCUUUCGUCCAUGGCCUGGAAGACGAGAUGUACGAGGUUCGUAUUGCUGCUGUUGAAGCCCUCUGCAUGCUGGCCCAGUCCUCGCCCUCUUUUGCGGAGAAGUGUCUAGAUUUUCUGGUCGACAUGUUCAAUGACGAGAUUGAAGAAGUGAGGCUGCAGUCGAUUCACACCAUGAGGAAGAUUUCCAACAAUAUCACUCUCCGAGAGGAUCAACUGGACACCGUUCUGGGUGUCUUGGAGGAUUCUUCCCGAGAUAUACGGGAAGCCCUCCACGAACUGCUGUGUUGUACCAACGUCUCAACCAAAGAGGGCAUCCACCUUGCCCUGGUGGAGCUCCUGAAAAACCUCACCAAGUAUCCUACUGACAGAGAUUCCAUCUGGAAGUGUUUAAAGUUCCUGGGAGACAGGCAUCCUACGCUGGUGCUUCCACUUGUGCCGGAACUGCUGGGGACUCACCCCUUUUUUGACACCCCAGAACCUGACAUGGAUGACCCAGCUUAUAUUGCCGUCUUAGUUCUCAUCUUCAACGCAGCCAAAUCCAGUCCAACGAUGCUGGCGCUGUUCUCAGACCAUACCUUUCGGCACUAUGUUUACCUGCGUGACAGUCUCUCCCACCUUGUUCCUCCCUUGAGACUGCCUGGGAAGAAGCUGGUAUCUUCACCCAUGUCUUCCAGUCUUGCACUCCAGGAAGACCCUUCCCAGGAGUUUCUGCAACAGAGCCUCGAAAGAGUUUUCAGUCUUCAGCACCUCGACCCGCAGGCUACUCAGGAGCUCCUUGAGCUUACGAUUCGGGACCUCCAGAGGUUUGGGGAGCUGCAGUCCGACUUGGCUGGGAUGGCUGACUUCUCGGCAGCUUACCUGCGAUGCCAGCUGCUUCUCAUUAAGGCUCUCCAGGAGAAGCUGUGGAAUGUGGCAGUCCCCCUGUACUUGAAGCAGAACGCCCUGGCAUUAGCUGCAGCAAAACAGAUUAUGGAAGAAACAUACAAGAUGGAGUUCAUGUACAGCAGCCUAGAACACCGGCAGGUGGUCACCAUCCACCACAUGAGACUGCAGGCGAAGGCAUUGCAACUUAUCGUAACGGUGCGGACCACUAAAGGUGUAGAACCUUUCUUUGGAAUGUGUGAAAAAUUCUUGCAAGAAGUGGACUCUUUCCAGAGAUGCUUCAUUGCUGAGCUCCCUCACAUGCAGGACAGUUUUCUGGACAAACUGCUUGACCUGAUGCCCAGGCUGGUCACCUCCAAAUCAACAGAAGUGGUGAAAAUCCUUCAGGCCACCCUGCGGCAGAGUACGUUCCUUCGCCUCCCUCUCCCGGAGAAGAUCCACAGAGCAACUGCCACCAUUAUUGAGCCAAGAGGAGAAUCGGACAACCCUCUGCGUUUCACAUCAGGCUUAGUUGUUGCUUUGGACAUUGAUGCAACUCUGGAACAUGUGCGGGAUCCACAGAGCACCGUUAAAGUUCAGGUGCUAUAUCCUGACGGUCAAGCCCAGGUGAUCCAUCCAAAGCCAGCCGACUUUAGAAAUCCUGGUCCAGGAAGGCACCGAUUAAUCACUCAGGUUUACCUCUCACACACUGCCUGGACAGAGCCUUGCCAAGUUGAAGUGCAGCUGUUACUGGCGUACAGUUCGGACAGAAACAAAGCAUCCGCGAGGGUUUUGCGGCCCACCUGGGCGGACAGCACGGAGCUCCUCCCGCCGUCCGAGAACGGCAUCGAAGGAACCAUCCCUUUCAGCAAACCCGUCAAAGUUUACAUCAUGCCGAAGCUCGGCAGGCGGUGAAGCUGACAUUUCAUUGCCCGCAGGAGAGCCGAGACACGUUCGUAACCGAUGGGGCUUGUGUCCCAGGCGUGAUCUCACAGAUCUGCCUUCCUCAGCCUGUGCGCUGUAAAUGGGCCGGACUGCCAACUCCCCUCAUUCCUCCCCAGCCUCCCCUGGCGCCGGCGUCCUCCAGAUCUCUUGGCUGGGAACGAUGAAAUUUGCAGUCUGGCCCAUGCUGAGGGUGCCGGGUCGGGGAAGGCUGGUAUGAGACCAGAGUGGGGCAAACCCACGGCUCUCCCCUCUCUGAAACUUGGGCUGUUUUCUCCGAGAAUGGUGUGAUGCUAAUGACUAGCACAAGUGGAAAUCCUUGGGGCGGAAUCAGCUGUCAGGCUGGCGCCUUCCACAUGAAGGCUGCUCCGUCGCCUGAGCAGGACCAAGAUGCUCCCGGGAAGGGAGCAAAACACGAGCAGCACUCUCCAAAUUCUUCUGUUUGCCUGAGGUUGGGAGGGGAAGCCAGCUGGGGCACCAGUGCUGGCAGUCCGUGGGCCCUUUCCUCCAGGUGGUCGGCUGCCAGGUGCCAGAUUCUCCAGCCUUCGUGGCCAAAGGGACGCUGCGAAGUUUGGUUUUAAAUGUUUGGAGGGCACCCAAGAUUGCACUGUGCAGUGGCCAAGCUGCUCCACCCAGGCAGUCAUCUCUGUGCUGUUACUUCUGGCCCCAGAUCAGACACAACAGCAGAGUGUCCUGUGUGGUCUGGGGCUUGAAGAAUUCCUGUUCCCUAGAGGCACCCGAGGUCGCACAACCUGCCCCUUGGCGGACCAAGUGCCUUGCUGGCCCCUUUGGGCGACGGACACAGCGCAAGGGCCGGUGGGGCCGCUUUUUUAGCUUAGUGGAUCCCACAAGUUCUGCUGGCCUUGUUUUUGAACUUGAUGGGCCGACAGUGGCUGUCGCCACCCCUGGUCCACACAGCUGGAGAGCCGCAAUGUUUCCCUCCCUGAUUUAGAGUUCUGACAUAAAAGGAGCUGGAAAUGCAUUUCUCUCUAUUCUAGCUGGAGUCAAACAGCGCAGCUCUGUCGGAGUUGUGCCUGAUGCUUGCUUCGUGUGUGUUUGGUCCCUGUGCACAGCCACAUCUGGAGUGUGCCCUCCGUGAGUUUCUUAGGCCCUGAACAAAGACCUGCUGAGAAUGACUUCCAGAUGCAUUGUGGGCAGCAGCUGGGGCUGCCUGGCUGUUUGGGUUGCCCUUGCUGGAAAACGCCUGUCCAGAAAGGGCCUCUUAGCACAUCUCCAGAGUGGUGUCUCAGCAUCUCUUUGAGGAUUCACAGGGGCUCUCCUGAGCAAGGAUGUGCAUUUUUGUAUUUGGGCAGGGCCAUCCGCUGCCACCGUUUGCGGACUGGUGGCAGUAGUGACCUUUUAUCUGAUACAGAACCCAGCAUGUCUUGGAGGAAGGGGCGUGUUUUCAUUCGGCAAACCUCGGAGAGCUUGCCCACGAAAACACAUUUUAAAUCGUACAUUUUCUGCAAUAAAAUAGUGGGAGGAAAACACA